AUGAAAAGGCACAAAGCCUCGGGCAAGAAGAAGGUGGCCAUCGAUUUAGAAAUCGCGGAGCAACUGAAGGUGGUUAAGUGGCCUACCAUUGUGGAUUUGUUGCCAAUUGCCCUGCUGCGGGCCGCCUUCAGCUUCAUUUUGGGCAUUCCUAACCUCCUUGGUUCGCUGAAGUGCAUUCUCGUCGCUUCCUUCGAGAAGGCAAGGAGGGAGCGGGAGGAGCAAAGAGUUUUGUAUAGUUCCAGUGAGUUGGUGAGAAAGGCAUAUGUUGUCUCGCCUGGAGAAAGUCGAAGCUUGGAGAGUGUGUCGAUGAUCUUCCAGGACUUUUUGAAUGUCCAUUCAGUUCCGCAAUGUGUGGAAGUUGAGGAGGAGGAGGUUCGGAGAUCUGCGAAACGUGUCUGCAGUGGUUGA